AUGAGGCGCAGCCAACAAAACCCAUGCCAUCUAUCAAACCAACCAUGGACAAAUACGAUGGUAUGGGUCAGUUUGCAUUUGAGCUCAGAUUCAAUAACAGGACCUUCAGAGAUAUUCAGCCUGAAUUUACCCGAGGGCGUAUACGCAUGCCCAUUUCUUGAACACGGUUGCCAUAAGAUUUCUCUCGAUGAAAUGGAAGUGAAGAUGCAUAUAAGGGAUGACAGGACGUUUCAUCUGAUGCUACUGUGCCGAGCUGUGAUUGAACUACGUCGACGACGUCAAAGAAUACUCCACGAAAAGACGGAACAGAUGCUUGAGCUUGACAACAUGCUUUCAUAUCCAAUAGCGGUCAUCAAAAAAUAUGGGUUCGUUCAAAAAAUCAUUGUUCUUUCGGGAUGUGUGACGUUACAUUCGCUUUUUUGGCCCCGUUUUGAGCUGUCCUGCAUGUUCCGGGAAGCCAGUCGAUGUUCGAAUCAGUGCUUUCAGUCUUUUAAAUGA